AUGGAAGUCUGCAACGCCCCCUCCACCUUCCCCUCCUCACCCGCUUCUCUCGCUCACCGCCUCCCAUCCUCUCCGAAGGCAUGUCGCCUCCGCCGCCCGGAUGCCUCCUCCCCCGGCCUUGUCGGACGAUCUUUCCACACCAUCCCUCGGCGCCCGAGCCUUGCUGCCCAUGCUGCCGCCUCCGCCUCUUCCACUCCUCUUCUGCCGCCGGCGGAGGUCGAGCGGAGAUCCAGGGCCAUCGCUGGCGACUUCGACGGAAAGAGCAGCAGCUCGGCCAUGGAGCAGCUGGACAUCGAGCGAGGAGUUUGCGUGCCUUUCCGCAAGUACACACCCGAGGGGGUGCGCCGGCGCGUGCUGGGGGAGCCCCCGACGGUUGCGGCUCUAUUCUCCCUUGCCUCUCGGGGGGCCGAGAUUGUGUGGAAUCUGGGGUUCUACUGGUCCACCCUCGCCUACGAUUGCCUCGUCGGCCGGGACGAGGAGGUCGUCCCAUUUCGCGCCCGCCAGCUCCGAAACCUCCUCUGCGAUCUCGGUCCGUCUUUUAUCAAGGCCGGCCAGGUAAUGCCUCCCUCGCUUUCGACCAAUUUCCUCGGCAAUUCCGUUCCUUCCCGUCCCCCCCCAACAACCCAAACUUGCUGAUGUUUUGCCGAUGCUGGCAGGAAAGAGCCUCAAUCGAUUUUAUGCCCCUAUUCAUGAGUGAAUCGAAAGUUCACUAGUACCAUAAUUGUAAUGGAAAUUAUGCUGCUGAUCGGUGUUGCAGGUGCUUGCUAAUCGUCCCGACAUCAUCCGGGAAGACUACAUGAAUGAGCUCUGUAUUCUCCAGGACGAUGUGCCUCCCUUCCCCAAUCAGGUUCGUCAGGCAAUAAAAUACAACGUAUUUUCUUUACUUCUGCAAUGGCUGCUUGUGCCUUGCUUGGGUCUGUCACUCCUUUGCGUUGCUUGUUUUUCAGCUGUUCCUCGUUUAGGAUGGGCACUACUUCCCAGAAAUUAUAAAGUUUAGAAACUUAGGCUAUUGUGAGUCUCAUUUUUUAAUUUUUUUCCCCUUUUGUUGCUCAUGACUCAGGUAGCUUUUGAUAUCAUUGAAGAGGAGCUCGGUCAGCCCCUUGAAAAAAUUUUCAGUAGGAUAUCCUCUCGGACAAUUGCGGCUGCCAGCCUGGGUCAAGUUUACCGCGCCACCCUUCGGGAGACAGGGGAGGAUGUAGCCAUCAAGGUGCAUUUCAAAAGUUACCAUUCCAAUGCCACAUCUGCUAAUUCAAUGCUUGUUUGGAUCUUGUUUUCUCCCCAAGUAUUUGACCACUUUUUUUAACAUUCUGUUUAAAUUACGGAGAAAUGUAUUAACUUGAAGUUGCCUACAGGUGCAAAGACCAGGGAUCGAGCCUAUAAUCUAUAGGGAUCUUUUCCUCUUCAGGACGCUGGCUUCUUUUCUGAAUGGGAUCAGUUUGCAGAAACUGGGCUGCAAUGCGGAGCUUAUUGUCGAUGAAUUUGGUGAGAAGCUCCUGGAGGAGCUCGAUUACACUCUGGUAUUAAAAUCUUCUUGACUCCAUCUUUAAGACUUUUUUUCCAUUUCUGUACUUCAUCCAAAUCACACAUAAUUUUGUCUUUAUUUUUAUCGUUAUUUUUUUGUUCAUUUUUCCUUUUUAUUUGGCGGAGGGGCGACUGAAUGUGUGACUAUCACAUGUUACUUGAUUCUUUUUUAAUUUGAAAUUCUUGCGCAACUGGUUACAUAACUUGGUUGCUUUCCAGUUAUAGUUUUGUGGUUGAUUUUUAUUAGUUUACUUGAGUUAUGACAGUUAGUUUUUUAUUGUUGACUGUUCUUAGAAUUUAUCUCCAUGUUUUGAUUUUCCUUAUGUUUAGGAGGCGCGAAAUAUUCAGGACUUCGUAGAGAACUUUAAGAAUGACCCCUCUGUCAAGAUUCCUCGAGUUUACAAAGAGCUUUGUGGUCCUCGUGUUUUAGUGAUGGAGUGGAUUGAUGGUAUACGGUGUACAGACCCACUGGUAAGAUAAGAAACUGGAAUGAUCUACCAUCUGCUGAGAGUGUCACAUGCUACGAAGUGAAUUUAAGUUGCCAACCUGUUAACUAUCUAUUAUAUAUUGAUUAUCUAUUCUCUCUCUUUUCUUUUGGUCUCUAUUUGACGCAGGCAAUUAAAGAGGCUGGGCUUGAUGUUAAUGCAUUCUUGACAGUUGGAGUGAGUGCAGCUUUGCGACAGUUGUUGGAAUUUGGAUUAUUUCAUGGAGACCCACAUCCAGGGAAUAUCUUUGCGAUGCGCGAUGGUCGCAUUGCAUAUGUUGACUUUGGAAAUGUAGCCGUGCUUAGUCAGGUAAAUUUGUUUCGAGUUAUUGCUAGUUGAGUUAAUCUUCAUCUUUGAAUCACUCUGUCAGUUGUAAUUGAUGGCGAGAUUAUUUGUCGUCUUUUUGUUGGAAUUGGAAAUUAUUGUGGUAAUUGCAGAUACUUUGUGGAGCCUAGUUCUCUUAACUGCAUGCUUUCAAUAAUAAUAUUUGAAGUACACACUUUCUUCACAAUUAUCUUCGUCUUUUAUGUUACUGGAUGCUCUAUUUUUUUUAUCAUAUACACUCAGAAGGCAGCUUUUCGUUGUACCUUUUGCCCAAGCAUUGGAUAACAUGAUGGAAUUUGGGUGGGGACUCUGGUCGUUUCUCAGGUACAUCAGGAAAAGAGUUCUCAUAUUUUUAGCGAAAAGUUACUGGUGACAGGAUGUCUGUUAGUGUCUUGGACCAGAAUUUGUCUAGGAAUCGAGUUUCUUCUAUGCUUGUAGCUUGAUAUCCUUCUGGCAUCAUUUUAGUUAUGACGUAUCUCUUAUGACUUUGAAAGUCACCCCAAACAGUCCGUGUCAUGGUCAGUGGAAUAACCGUGGCGUUUCAGUGAAUUUUGUUUCCUUGUUUAUAUAUUUACUGACAUUUCAUCGUCUUCAAAAUAUGUGUUUUCCCCCAUUUUCCGUUUUGGUUAUUUCAAGUUGUUGAAGUCAUGUGCGAGCUGGUGUACAGACCUGUUUAACUCAUUUCUUUGACUUUCAGCAAAAUAAACAAAUUUUGAUCGAUGCUGUUGUCCAUGCCGUGAAUGAGGACUAUGCCGAAAUGGCAAAUGACUUCACUAGGCUUGGUUUUCUAGCACCUGGAACAGACGUAUCUCCCAUUGUUCCAGCUUUAGAGGCGAUUUGGCAGAACUCUGUUGGAAAAGGACUCGCAGACUUUAAUUUUCGUAGUGUAACGGGUAAUUUUUUCCUUCUACAUUAUCUGGUUGUUUUCUCACUUUAAAACUGCUGUCAAAUUAUUGAUUUUGGCGUCUUUAGUUUUAUGAUUUGCUCUUGCACUUGAACUCGCAUUAUGAUGUUACGGAUUACUAGAAAGGAGUAAAAGAUGAACUAUUCCUGAGCUCACGUGGAAAUGGUUUUUAAAUACUUGUGCAAUCCAUUCAUUUCCUGAAGGCAAUUGGUGAGCGCGGGAUUUUCCAAAAUUCGCAGGACGAGUCUAUUGGAUUGUUUCAUAUUUCCUGAGGAACUUAACAAAACUGCUGUACAUAAAGGAACAUUCCUAACAGUUUUGUUUUCUUUUAAUUUCUUUUCUUAUUUGUUUGGUUAAAGUUUCGUGGAGGGAGUAAAACUUUAAAAAACAAACCGUUUUACCUUUUCCAUCGAAAUUCUCACAAACUUCACAAUUUCUUAAAUUCUUCUUUUGUUGGAUUUUAAUUUCAGCUACAUAUUGAUGACAAACAUACUUUUGAAAGUCACUGAUAAUGUAGCUGCUUCUUAUUUCUCCAGGGAAGUUCAACCAGCUUGUCUACCAGUACCCUAUCCGCAUACCUGAGAGGUUUUCUCUUGUCAUUCGCUCUUUAUUGACACAGGAGGGCAUAUGCUUCACUAUCCAGCCAGAUUUUAAAUUUCUUGAGGUGAAUGAAGUCCCGAUUUGAGUAGCACAAAACUGGUGAAAAUCUAGUGUGUUCAUCUAGGUUUAACUUUAUUCGUUCUGGAAGAUAUUGUCCACUCAUUUUUCUGAUUAUCUUUUACUUAUGUCUUCUUGAUAAACGUUGUGCAAUUAUUUAAAAUUACUUUUUGACAUAACUUUCAGGUGGCCUACCCCUAUGUGGCUAAGCGGCUUUUAACUGAUCCAAAUCCUGCAUUACGCGAACGUCUUAUACAGGUCAGUUACCUAUGGAUCUUCUGGGAGGAAAGAAACUACUCUGUCUCUACAUCUUAAUGUCACUGCAUACCAUAUGAUGUCAAUAAUUUAUCUUAUUACUAUCUUAUGUUGCAUGCCUACUUUCUUCAAUUCACUUUAUAAAGAAACACAUCUUAACUGGGUACGCCGGGAACACUGAAUUGUAAGGAUUUUACGUUUUUCUCUCCGUGUUGAUACUAUCCACUACUGGCAGAAUUGCCAUUUUUCGUUUGAGAACUGCUGCAUUGAGCAUCCAUUUGUUAAGCAGGUCCUUUUCAAGGAUGGAAUUUUCCAGUGGAAAAGGCUUGAAAACCUCAUAGUUCUCGCCAAGGAAAAUGUCGCGAAGAUGAAUCUCAACCCUGCUUUACAAGCGAAGGGCAUGUAAGUUGUGAAGGAGUGUUUAUAUCAUUCUUUCCUAUACCCAAAGUUUAUCUGCUCCUGACAUACCUCUGCUAUUCCUGUAGGCAAAGGUCGAGAAAUUCUCAGGCUGAGAGAAAAUUAGACCUCACAGAGACUAUUAAGGAUGGGGCAAAGACGUUCCUGAUUGAUUCAGGGAUCAGGCGACAACUCCUUUUGGCUCUCACUGAGGAUUCUAGGUUGCAUAUUCAAGAGGUCUGAUAUCUUACCCAGUUUCUGGUUCGUUCAGCGUUUCAUUCAGAUGAAUGCCAUCUGUGAACCAACCUAGGGUUUUAGAAGAGUGUGCUCUCCAUGGAUAUGUACUUUCGUAAACAACAGGAUGGAGCUUGUCUCCUCUUUCUUUGGUGAAUGGAUCCGCAUGACUCUUCAGAUGUUAAUGAUUUUAUGGUUGCAGCUGGUGGACAUUUAUCGAUUGGUGGAAGACGAAUUGGACGUACGGUCAGUUGCUUUUGAGUUCCUUAGAGGUGAAGUAUUAGUUUCAUCAAGUGUGUGUGUGUUUUUUUUUUCUUUUUUUCUUUUGUUUUGCGGGACUCCCAGCCCUUGUGCAUAAGCCGCUAAAAACAUGCGCUCGGAGCGUGAUUUGCCUGUGCUUCUUCCCUCUGUUGCAGAUUUGCCUGCCGUAACGCGUGAUUUGAUGCUCUCCUGGAGCGACUCGGUCUUGUCAGAUCGCUCGUAA